AGAAGAAGAAGAAGAGAGAAAGGGGGGUUAGAGGAGAGAGGAGAUGGGGAGGGGGAAGAUAGAGAUAAGGAGGAUUGAGAACAUAACAAAUAGGCAGGUGACCUUCUCCAAGAGAAGAAAUGGCUUGCUUAAGAAGGCGAGAGAGCUCGCUGUCCUCUGUGAUGCAGAGAUUGGGCUGAUCAUCUUCUCGAGCACAGGAAGGCUUUAUGAUUUCACCAGCUCCAGUAUGAAAUCAGUGAUUGGCCGCUACAACAAAGCAAAGCAGGAUCAUCAGCAAGUGAUGCAUGCAAAGUCAGAGCAUAAGAUCUGGCAAAGGGAAGCAACAAGCUUGCGGCAGCAAUUGCAUAACUUGCAAGAAAAUCAUCGGCAGCUGAUGGGAGAAGAUCUUAAUGGGCUAAGUAUCAAAGAACUACAAAACUUGGAGAAUCAGCUAGAAAAAAGCCUCCAGGUGAUACAGCAAAAAAAGGACCAAAUUUUAAUCAAUGAAACUCAAGAACUGAAUCAGAAGAUUGCCCACAUGCAACGAGAAAACAUGGAACUCUACAGAAUGAUAAACCUUUGUCGCCAAGAAAAUAUGGACUUAAACAAAAAGGUUAAUGCAACUAAAGGAUUCAAAGGAGGAUCUACUUCUUCAAACUCUGGCAGUCCGGUAACAAUUUAUCUUGAAUUGAGCCCUCCGCAACAGAAAAUUAGUGGAAUGCACGAGGACUUCCCAACAUUAGGACUCCAACUGCUUUAAGAUGUUCCAGGAAAAGUGGAUGAUUCUCCGUGAUCAAGAUUCUGUACAAUAGGAAUAUUACAUUCCUUGGAGAAUGUAAGCUCAACACUCACAAUUCAAUUAAAGUCAAAGUUUGAAAUUACCACAAAAGAACGAGUACAUAUGUAAUGCUAUAUAAUGCUUAGUGGAUACAGUAUUUUCUUUGACAAACUUGAGCUGUCAACUUCAGUAUGACUUUAACAAACUUUUCUUGAGUAUGACUUUAACAAACUUUUCCUAAUGUAUGGUAAAUGAGACCUACGCAACUUCAAUCUCAGAGGAAAAAAACAUCCCAUGGUGGCAAUUCAGUAAUUAUUCUUUUCCACCAAAUAUGAAUCACAUUAAAAUGUAUUCUAGUAAGUAGAUUGUCCGACAUACAUUAGACUUCCCAACAUGUGAUUUUUUAACACCAUCUGAAUUAACUAGACCUAACCAGCAGUACAGAUCUCCAAGAUGGUACCUUCAUAACUUCUUUCCAAACAAAUUUGACCUAACCAGGAUGAAUAAAGAUCUGCAACAUGACCACACCACCUCGUUUCAUGUUUACAAAUUUUUCUAAGGGGCUUUUUGGAUGUAGAAAUUUUGAACGCACUGCAUUUCAAAUGUAGGAGUUUUAAGUUUUUGUGCGUUCGGUUCAAGGUAAGCUAAAUCUAAAGUAUUGAGAAAAGGAUCAAAAUGAUCCUUCAACUCUUUGAGAAGGACCAAAAUGGUCUCCAACUCUUUUGAAGGACUAGGUCCCUCAACUCCUUUAAAAGGAGCAUCUUUUGUUCUAACAUCAAAAUUUUGGGAUUAAUGGUGUUAAAUCAAUGAGCAUUUUAGUCAUUUUUAAUUAAAUUAUUUAUUAAAUAUAAUUUUCAAGUAAUAGUAUUUCAAAAAAAAUUAUUAAACAUUUCUUUAAUUAAAAAAUUAUUAAUAAUUCUAGUCUAUAAUGAUCCUAAAAUAAAACUAGAUCCCCCCUCCCCUCUUUUAAAACAAGAGCACAAAAACAUUGCCUCCAAUGGGGAACCAAUAAAUGUGCAACACAUACCACCUCAUAUAGAUUGAAGCAAAAGGUCCAUUUUGAACAAACCAGCACCCCACUCUUCUCACAAUGCACGUUAGUUAAGAGUGUUUCUACUAAAUAAUCAAGAAACCUAAACAAAUUCUCUUGAAUUCUUCAAAUUAUAAUUCAACAUAACAUUAUACAGAUUACAUUGAAUAUUUCUUGUAGGAUAAAAUCAUCAAUGAUCAUGAACAAAAAACUGGAAAAUGGCGCUAAACUAUGUCCUUCCCUUAAUUAUCCUUCAAAGCUAUUAUUACAUCUAAUAAGUAGAUGUCAAUUCUAAGCUGCCAUUCUCAAGACAUCAUCAAUCAUUUUUAAAUAAAACUUUAAAACAAGAUAAUGAGAUAAAAAUAACAUGAAACAAUACAAGAGAUUGUAAAAUGUAAGUGUUAAAAUCAAAAACAAAACUUAAGGUGACAUGAUGAUAUCAGAAAGAAGUAUCUAUUUGAAACAAUGAUGAGCUUCUCAAGAAAAAACCCGCAUUUGUAGAGUCUUAUUUCUAGCCUAGUGAAUUUUAGAGUAGCAAUAAUUUUUUUUUCUAAUUCCUACCCCUCAUGUCAAAUAGGACAUGAAAUCUCGCAUAUACUUCGGCUUCUAUGCUCAUAAUCUAACAUGAAAAUGAUACAAUUGCAUAAAAUUUAGGAAUCAAAAUCAUCAAAAAUGGGAGGAGGAUGAGGGAAUGACUAGUCUGGAUGAACUAGACCAAUGUCCUUGGACGCAAUAUGAGAUGUUGAUCACAUCUGUGGGGUUAAGGAAAACAAGAGAAGACUCUGAAAGCUUUUAUACCAUGAUAGGGAUCAAGAGAAGAUUCCAAAUUUUAUGUGAAAGCUCAGCAUCCAACAAACAUGAAGAUAGAACUCGGUCAUGUGUAUACAAAAAUUUGAUCACAUCUCCUUAUUCCAGAAUGUAAGGAUGAAUAAUAGAAGGUUAGUUUCGGAUGAGUUUUGAAAUAUUUGGAGUGGCUAUGUCCAAAAAUGUUACAUAAACAAUAGGAUGAAUGCCUUCAAAGUUCAAAUUUGAAAUUUUGUCAAUAACCACAAGAAGAACCAAUCUAAACGCCCUUAUCCAAAAGAAUAGUCAUGUCCAUUUGAAUUACAAGCCUAGCCAUAGAUGAUCUAGAAAGACAAGCAGUAACAUCAUUCAUUUGCAAGGGUUUACCAAAAACAGAACCCAGAGAAUAUAAAAUAAACGAAGCUGAGAAAAAAUAGCCCAAACAUAAAUGAUAGGUGAAUUCCACAUAUGAGUUAAAAGAGAGAUAACUUUAACACAUGCAUUGGAUAGCCACUCACAUAAUAUUAUUGAUGUGUGAUAAAUCUAGAAUAAUCUGGUUACCAAACCCAACAGAGUAUUCUCCAAUCAAGCAAAAAGUUUAAAUAAAUAAAUGUAUAAUCUCAAGGACGGGAUAGCCCAAUAAAAACUUGCCCAUAAUACAGAAUUGCUACCUCAAAAAUCUCAACUUGAGUGAGAAUAAGAGAAUGCUUAUUUGAUUCCAAAUAACCAACAAAUUCACAUUUAAAUUUAAUCCAAGAUAAAACAAGAAUUUAGGCCGACAAAUGAAUCUUUCCCUAUGAAUAGAAGCUUGUAACUAGAAGCUAGCACACAUGCAAAGAUUAAAAAUUGCAAGAAGAUAAAACCUCAAAUUAUCUAUUUAUGCAUUUCUCAUCCCUAGGCUGAUAGAUAUGAUUGGCACAAGAUCAACUCUAUCUGAUUCCAAAGAACCUUCAAAUUAACAUUUAAAUUGUAUCCAAGAAAAAAAAAGAAUUUAAAAAGUCACAUGAGUACUUUCCUUUCUAAAUAGAAGCCCAAAAAUAAACUCUUGAAUAAAAAAUCUCGGAUAAAUCUUCUUUAGUCCUAGAAGUAAAUAAGAUCGAUAUAUACAAUGAUUGUUACAAUCUUGGAAAUAACGAGAGGACCUACAAUUAUGCAUCAAUCUACCUAGAUUGAAAACAUUCAACUCAAAUGAAUUGAACCAUUACAAUCUUGGUGAUAAAGAGAGGCCCUACAAUUAUGCAUCAAUCUACCAAGAUUGAAAUCAUUCGAAUCAAAUGAAUUGAACCAUUAAUGUUACAUAACAACUCAAUAAGAACUGUAGGUAACCUUCAAUUGAACAUAAGGGUUGAUCUUUAAGGUAUCCAAUAGCUAAGACAACCUAUUCUCAAAACAAUCAUAUGGGCAUAAUGAUCAUUAAGAAAUAAAUACAAUUUCAUAAGGCCAACAUUAUAAGCAUGCUCUAAUUGCAAUUAAAGAAGUAGCAAACUAAAAUAAAAUAAACCAACUAAAUGAAAUCAAAUAAACUUUCUCAAAUAAUUGCUUAUUGCUUCUAAUGAGCAUAAACAUCAAUAAGAUUAUACAUAUGAAAAUUUGAUUAUCUCAAAAUACACGUAAUUGAUCAAAUAUUCCCACUAUUUUUAGUUGGAGAAAUAUACAUGAAAGUUCAUUUCGAAUGAACAUACCCUCAAUAAGAGAUAACACCUUGCAUAUGUGAACUCAUUAAACUCCAAAGUCAUUAGAAACAAGUUUAAACUAGUUUAAAUUUGAAAUUAGUUUGAACUACAAGGAAGACAUGGCAGGGACAGAGAAGAGUUCCCAAGGAAAAAAAAAGUUUUUGGAAAAGGCAUCAAAGAAUCGGCAGCAUGUGAAACGAGGUUCGCAUGAUAAUGCAUCAUAGGACUAGUGGCACAUGCGAAGAGUUAGCUAGAAGGCAUCACAAGACCAGCACUUGCAAAGAAGAAAGGAGUUCAAAAGGAAGGCAACGCGAGACCCACGACAUGCAAAGCAAAAGAGGAAUUCAAGAGGAAGGCAUCGCAAGGCCAACAAUGUCUGUGAUGGAGUUCAUUAAGGCAUGGCAAGUGCAACAAUGUGCGUGAAGAGUUUGUGGAGAAAGCAUUGUGGGACCAACAUCGUGCAAAGGAGAAGAGGAGAACGAGGGAAAGGCAUCACCAGACCAGCGGCAUACAAAGGAGAAGCAUAGUUCAUGUAAAAAGGUAGCGCAAUACAAUUGACUGGUGAAAUAAAUCUUUCAUAGCAAGCGUUCGAGAACGAAGAGAAUGAGGUUCAAACCACAUUUGAAUGACAUUCGAAACAAUGUUUGAACUAAGAUCUAAUGAAAUUCGGUAUCAUGUUUGAAUUAAGGUUGGAAUUUGUACUAGGUUGAGCCAAUUUUGUUUGCAACUGACUUAUAUAUACAAUUUGCUAAUACAAAAGCGAUUAAUUUCAUCCGAAAUAAAUUUUAUGGAAAUCAUAAAUUUAGCGAAAUUAGCAAUAUAUUCAAGACAUUUAAAGUUGAUUUCUCAUGAAACUACAUCCUUCUUAGGCCAAUGUCAUCGAAUUCAAUUAACUCAACAUUUAAAUAAUAUAUCAUGGUCAAAAUCAUUCAUUUUACCUGCCCAAUUCACCUAAAUCUAAUUUACACAAUAAAAAAGUGCACUUAAUUAUUAAGCCUAGCAACAAAUUGCAACACAUGCCUCAAAACUCUUUUUUCAUUCAAUUCAACAAUGUCAACCAUCAUGGUGCAAUCUGUAUGAUAUGCCAAAAAACUUAAAGGGCUCAAAACUUAACAAGAAAAAAGGGAUACACCAAAAAUAAUGGAGAUAGAAGUUGAUUACAAGAAUGAUAUAUAUUGAUGUAGGCAAGGAAUGGGUCAAAACAAGUUGAGUUGAAAAUUUUGUAAGUUCUACUUGAAUCAGCUCAUUAAUGAGCCUCUUCUUAUGUUUCAAGCUCAUAAAUGCUUUCCUCUAUUA